AUGAAUGCAAGUAGAGGUCACUUCCGAACUCUCCACCAAGUCUUGCUUGCUGCCUUGUUUCUUGCCGGCACUCAAUCUCCAGGAGUCGAGGCUUCUCCAGUUCCUCAGGCAAGUUCUGCACAUCCUCAAAGAUCAUCGUACUUCGCCGCAGCUUUGUCAUUAGGACUUUUGAUUAUCGUUCUUUUUUGCAUGAAGUGGCUCUUUCUCGCUCGCAGAAAUCGCUGCGUCUCUGCGUUUACUAGGUCCUCUAGGCGACCGAGCGACUCACGAUCUAUUAACGGCUGGUGUGAUACCUUUUCGACUUCUUCGCGGUUUUCUGGAAGUUCGCCUGCUGGCAAGUCGGGUUUCUUGGUCGGGUUUCUUGGGUCACCAUCUUGGGAGGCGCGCUGCUCGUCUGCACUUGCGAAGGUAUCUAGUCGUCUUUCAUCGUCUCCAAGCCCUAGCUUUUCUACUCGACUGGAGAACCCUCCUUCUACGCCAUAUCAGCCCUUCGAAGCCGCCAUUCCUGUUAAAGGAAAGCACUCGUAUUCUCCGGAUUCAUUUGAAGAGCGAACGCCUAGGCUCCUUCCUCUGAAGUUGUCCCCAAAUUUCUGCUCUCAGAAAGCUGCCAUCAAGGACCCUUUUGCAUCACCGUUGCAUCUACCAGAAGGACGGGUGUCCGCUUCUCCGUCUGUCGGCCGUUAUCCCGAGGUCGUUCUCUCGAGUUCAUACACGCAGCGAGAAUUCUUAGCAGCAGACUCUCAAAUAGGCGUGCAGCCACCCGAAGCUGUGUUACUGUUCCCUCAUUGCAAGAAUUUCGCGAAGAAAUCGUUACCUCGACCUUCGUCUGCUGUUCAAGAGGCUGUACAAGAACCCCAAGAUGAUCAAGCACCUCCAACAGACGCAUACGCAUAUGCAAAGGAUGAUAUUCUGGAAACCCGAGAAUCUAGCCAUUUGCCGCCCCACGUAACUUCUGACUGUUCUGGACAUGCUGAGAUGUCGCCUGUUAUCCUCGGCGAAUUCUUACUGGUGUCUUGCGAGAACCCCUUCUCUGAAACAAGUCCCUCUGAGCCCACAACCCCACCUACUAAAUACCCGAAUUCUGCUAUCUUGCACAUCCGGAAAGCAAGCCCAAAAGCACCCCACAAUCGAAACUCGCGCAGCCCAAAAAUAGGGCCAUCUCCUCUGCGGAUGAUGUUCUUACCGUCUGAUUGUGAAAGUCAUACCCGCCAACCGUUCAGGGGAGCUACAAUCCAGAAUCAACCCAACGCCGGCGAUAAUAAACAUCCUUCCCAGGAGGAACCAGGGGGGCCGCAUCCAUAUAUGCAGCGCUCGCUGACAACUAAAUUGCUCGGAUCGGUGGCUACAGAUAGUUCCGAUAAACUGCUAGACCUGAUGGACGCACUUGUUCAAGAGGCCAGCGCAUGGGACGACAGCCUCUUUUUCGACGACAACUUCAAAGCCUUGAUAAAGCAAACCAAAGUUUCGAGUGUUGAGAAACACCGGAAGCCGAUACGCAAGAUAUCUGCUCGCACCAGAAAACUGCUUCCCCGUUUCACCAUAUUAGAGGACAUUCCGGAGGUCGAUGUGUCUGACAUGAUGCCGCUGUGCUCAACCGCUAGAGAGGAUGAGCACUUGCAUUCAUUCUGGUCUGAUGACGAUCAUGGCCAACAGUAG